AUGGCCAAGUACACAUCUGUCAUGAACGAACCAUUGAUCAAACUGCUGCUUUCAUUUCUCUUCCAGUUCAUGUUCUCAAACAAUAUUCAUAGUACUAUGCACCUGUUUCUAUCUCCCCGUUUGAGGAGCCUUCGCCUCAUUUCCUGCAAUGAUGUCACAGAUAUAGGGUUUACAGAGGCCGUGAAGGCGCUCCCACUGCUUGAAGAGCUCGAGCUCUCGCUAUGUGGCAAUGUAGGCGCUGAUGGGGUGUAUGAAGUUGGUGAGCUUUUCGGAAAUCAUCUCAGCAACAAGGGUCUAGAAACAAUAUUGGACAAUUGUCCACAUCUAGAAUGCCUGGACAUACGCCAAUGCCUCAACAUUGACAUGAAUGAGACUCUGCUUGAAAAGUGUUCAAGGAUUAAGACGAUAAAGCUUCCCGCGUACCCAACUGAUGACUAUGAUCUCAAGGUUGAAAGCCCCGGCACGAGAAGCCCUGUUAGGACAAAUGCACGGUACACUGACCCAUAA